GGGGGUGAUGUGGUCCACCUGCGUGGCAUUUUCCUUUCGCAGGAGUUUUAACGGGGUUGGUUUUGUAAAUUGCUCUCGCUAUAUGGAGGGAGGGGAUUGCGACUCCUCCAACCACGAGCGAUGGCGGCGGUGCGAAUGGGAAUCCGGCGCAUCUUCUCCAUCUCCGCCUCCUGCUGCGGCCCCUCCAUCGCCGGAGCCCUCCACCAAUCUCUUCGUCUCAGGAUAUUGCCUCAAGUGGAUUGUGUCCAGCUGCUAGAACUGAAGGUGUAUUGGCGAGAUGAAAGGUGUUCUAUCAGCGGAGCUGAUUCUAGAGCUGACAAUGGGGGUAGUGAUUUGCAUGCUUCUAGUUACAGGUGCUAAGCUCUGGAUCUUGCCCCAUAAGAAGCGCACUCAGGUAAGCCUCUCAAGGAGGGCAUCAACUAUUCCCAUAAGUGCCAAUGGUGUUGAUGCUUUUUCCGUAGUCUCAGACUCUACCAUGGAACAGGAGUCCCCCAGCCAUUCUGAUUCUAAAGAAGGUGGCCCCUCAUGGAUGAAAGGAACUAAGAGGAAAAAACUUCCAAAAUACUCUUUCAAGGAUCUGAAAAGGGCAACUCGUAAUUUUGAGACAUUGAUUGGUCAGGGGGCAUUUGGUCCUGUUUAUAAAUCUCAGAUGCCCACUGGUGAGAUAGUUGCUGUUAAAGUUCUUGCUACUAAUUCUAAGCAAGGCAAGAAGGAUUUUCAAACAGAGGUGGUACUUCUUGGGAGAUUACACCAUAGGAAUAUUGUUAAUUUGGUUGGAUAUUGUGCUGAAGAAGGCCAGCAUAUGUUAAUAUAUGAUUACAUGACCAAUGGCAGCCUUGCGUCUCAGUUGUACAGUGAAAAGCAUAAUGUAUUGAGUUGGGAUUUGAGGGUUAAUAUAGCUCUAGAUGUUGCGAGGGGCUUAGAGUAUCUUCAUGAUGGUGUUUUUCCACCUGUAGUGCAUCAUGACAUCAAAUCUUCAAACAUAUUGUUAGACAACUUCAUGCGAGCUAGGGUCGCUGACUUUGGGCUAGCGAGAGUAAAAAUGGUCGGGUGCCGGACAUCCAGUGUCAGAGGAACUUUUGGUUAUCUUGAUCCUGAGUACAUAUCUUCGAGGUCACUCACAAGGAAAAGUGAUGUUUAUAGCUUUGGGGUUCUGCUUUUCGAGUUGAUCACAGGGCGGAAUCCACAGCAGGGUCUUAUGGAAUAUGUUAAUCUUGCUGCUUCAAAUGCCGCUGGAAGGUUUGGAUGGGAGGAAAUUUCAGAUCCCCGGCUUGAUGGGGCGUUCGACAUAACAGAACUUAAUGAUGUAGCAGCUGUCGCAUAUAAAUGUAUCAAUCAACUUUCUAGAAAUCGGCCACCGAUAAGAGAUGUUGUCCAGACACUAUACCGCAUUUCACAAGCCAGUUUCAGAAAGCAUCAUUGCUCGAGAUCAUCGCCCUUCACGGCAGAGGUAGAAUCCUUGGACAUAGGACCAUCGUUCGCCACAGUGUUGGAUCUGCCUGAUGUUUGAAAUUCUGUAUAAGUGUAUUUCAUUAUCUUUCUUCAUUCGUUUACUAAUCCAUUCACAAUGAUAGCUUUGUAUAGUAUGCAUGUUAGAUUAACAAACACCGAAAAGAUGUUAUAAUUUUGACUGUCAUGGAUUAGGGCUUGGAAGUGUCGCAUAGUCUCUAAUUCCUCUGUAACAUGGACCUUUGUGCAUCAGUAUUUGGUUGUCAACAUAGCAAAUAAAAAUCUAUAUUGGCUUUCUUGA